CCCUGGGUACAGUUGAGGUCGGCGCCAUCUUGUGUAUGUGUGUAUGCGCUAUCUGUAAUGGCGGCAGGCUGCUGACAGUCGAAGAGACGCGGGCCGGACAGCAGGGUAUCUGCCCACCUAACGGUAAAGUGUCAUAAAUAAAGGUCAGCAUUUUGAAAUUUUGUUCACAAGUGAUUCCUUUUGAAGCAUGGGUUCUAAUAGAAGAGUAAGCAGAACAGAGCGGAAUGGCAGAUAUGGUUCCGAUCAGAUUAAAGAUAGAGUUGAUCUGAGAGAUCGGAGAGAACGGAGCUCACGAGGCACCGAUCAGGACUAUGAUCACCGAAGUUCCAGGGAUGAUCGCAGGCGGCGACAUCAAGACUACUGGGCUUCAGAAAAUUCUGAAAUUGGUGUAAGUAGAUAUCAGGAAAGGAGAAGUAGUGACAGAUCUGAUGGUGGUUACCAUUCUGAUGGCGACUACAGGGAUACUGAUCGGAAUGACCUAAAUAAUGAGAGAGAAAGUAAAACUAUUAUGUUACGAGGACUUCCGCUAUCUAUAACAGAGGAUGAUAUCCGGGCUGCUUUAGAACCUUAUGAUGGAGUUCAGCCAAGAGAUGUGCGACUAAUGAGGAGCAAAAUGUCAGGUCAAAGCCGUGGUUUCGCCUUCGUGGAGUUUAAUCACUUGCAGGACGCAACAAGAUGGAUGGAAGCCAAUCAGAAACAACUGACUAUACAGGACAAGUAUGUCACCAUGCAUUACAGUAAUCCACGUCCAAAGGCUUAUGAAGAUUGGCUUUGUGGCAAGUGUGGCAUCUAUAACUUCAAGAGGCGAGAAAAAUGUUUCAAGUGUGGUGCUUCAAAGUCAGAGUCGGAACAGGAUCAGCAGUCUGCAUCUGUGGAAGUUCAACAGACACCUGAUUACUACAGUGAUACUGUCAUCUUAAGAAAUAUCGGCUCCCACACCUCUGUGGAGUCCAUCUUAAGUGCUCUAUCACCAUAUGCUACAUUGGCUCUCUCCAAUAUCCGGCUGAUUAAGGACAAGCAGACCCAAUUAAACAGGGGCUUUGCAUUUGUGCAGCUAGCUUCUAUUGUGGAGGCAUCUCAGCUUCUUCAGAUCUUGCAGUCCUUGCAGCCACCUCUAAGCGUUGAUGGCAAAACUAUUGGCGUUGAUUUUGCAAAGAGUGCCAGGAAAGAUUUGUUUCUUGGUGAUGGAAAUCGGAUCAAUGCUAUGACUGUUGCAAGUACAGCUAUUGCUGCAGCUCAGUGGUCAUCAAGUCAGUCUCAACAAAAUUCAGAUCCAGUGAACCAGGAUUACAGCUACCUCCCACAGUCUGGCCCAGACAACUACGGUCAGCAUUAUGCACAGUACUCGCAGGAAUACCAGUACUUUCAACAAGGCUCUGUGGACCCCAGUCAACAGCCUCCAGUCACAUACCAGGCAGCAGCUACUCUCACAGGUCCUCCUGUCACCACUUCAACAAAUACACCUGUAUCACAGGUUCCGAUAUAUUCAAGCCAUGCUCAACCCUACCUUCAAAAUGCUCAGGUAGAUGCUGGGCAGCAAAGCUCGACUAGUCAACAGAGUACAGUUUCAAAUACUGCACCCACGGACUCUAAAUUCUCUGUACCUGAUGUUUCCAAUUACCAGUAUGAUGAAUCUUCUGGUUUUUACUACGAUCAGCAGUCUGGACUUUACUAUGAUCCGAACUCUCAGUACUACUACAAUGCACAAACUCAACAGUAUUUGUACUGGGAUGGAGAAAAACAGAAGUACUUACCUGCAUCAGAAUUUACUGCACUGCAGAAUACUACUGCUGGGGGAACUAACAAAGAUGGUAAAGAGAAGAAAGAGAAACCAAAGAACAAAACAGCACAGCAGAUUGCCAAAGAUAUGGAGCGAUGGGCCAAGAGUAUGAACAAACAGAAGGAAAAUAACAAAGCCAGCUUUCAGCCUAUCGGUGCACAAAGAGAAGAUGAGAAGAGGGAGUCUGCAGCAGCAGAUGCAGGUUUUGCUUUGUUUGAGAAAAAGCAGGGUAUGUCAACAGAGAGGUCACCAACCACAGUCGAGCUCCUAAAGAGAUCUGCUCCCGACGAUGAUGAAUACAUGCUAAAGAGUAAAGCAAGUCCUCAGCAAGGGCUUGUGGCAGCCUACAGUGGAGAAAGUGACACUGAAGAAGAGCAGGAAAAGGCUGAGGAAGGAGAGGAGAAGCUAACAGAUUGGAAGAAAUUGGCCUGCCUUUUGUGUAGACGGCAGUUUCCAAGUAAAGAAACACUCAUCAGACACCAGCAGCUCUCUGAACUGCACAAGCAAAAUUUAGAGAUUUACAGAAGAGCAAAAAUGACUGAUUUAGAACUUGAAGCUUUAGAGAAAACAGAAAGAGAGAUGAAGUACAGAGACAGAGCAGCGGAGAGGAGGGAGAAAUAUGGGAUUCCAGAGCCUCCUGAGCCCAAGAGAAAGAAGUUCUUUGCACCACAAGUUGUUGAUUUUGAACAACCAACCAAAGAUGGCAUUGGUAGUGAUAAUAUUGGAAGCCGGAUGUUGCAAGCUAUGGGCUGGAAGGAAGGUUCAGGACUUGGGCGAAACCAACAAGGCAUUACUGCACCAAUUGAGGCACAGUUGCGAAUGAAAGGAGCUGGACUUGGGACGCGUGGAAGUACUUAUGGUGUGAACACUGCAGAUACCUAUAAAGAUGCAGUUCGAAAAGCCAUGUUUGCCAGAUUCUCAGAAAUGGAAUAACAUCUCUUUGUGUGUAAACAUGUAAAUAUUCUAACUGUUCUGUUGUGCCAAGGAAAUAUAUUUGUGUGUCAUCUUUUUCACUUCCUGCUUUCAUUAUAUUUUUAAGUUCUAACAAAACAAAAUACAAUUUAGCCUUUUUAAUUAUGACCUUGUAAGACUGGAGGUUAUAAAAUGUUGGUAGACAUGACAUACUUGAACAUUUGUUUCAUGUGGAUUUUGAUAUUAAACCAGCAUGCUGUACAUUCUGUAAUAUAGUCACAGCGGCCUUUGUACAGAUUUGGCGAUAGCUGUAAACCUGAUUAUUUUGAAUAAUUGUUUCUUUCUACUUCCUUUCUUUUCUCUUGUUCCCUAAAUAAAUUCCUCGGUGCUAAUAA